AUCAUAUCGUAGCAUGUUUUGGGGGGUAUUCCAAGUUUGUGUUCCGCACAUGUUUACAUUCACCAGGGAAACCAUUUUCCCAUUCACUACCUCAACGCUUUGCUGCACCUGCAGAUUCUUGUGUAGCUAUCUGUAAAGAUGUGGUCAGCAACUCGGAUCUACCAUGAAUAUAACUGGGUGAUGAAGGAGGCAACGGAUCCUCGAACAUCAAAAUGGCUGUUGAUGUCGUCACCACUACCUACAGUAUCCCUGGUGAUUCUAUACCUAAUCGUGGUCAAACAGGGUCAACGAUGGAUGCGGGACAGAAAGGCGCUAGAAAUUAAAAACGGCCUCAUGGUGUAUAAUCUCUGUCUCGUUCUCCUUAAUGCCUACAUAUUCUACGAGUUUUUGAUGACUUCAUGGUUGAACCCUGGCUUUGAUAAGUGGUGUCAGAAAAUGGACUAUUCCAACGAUGAACUACCCCUCCGGCUGGCCAAUGCAUGUUGGUGGUUCUAUUUCUCAAAGAUUAUCGAAUUUAUGGAUACGAUUUUCUUUGUUCUGCGUAAAAAGAACCGACAGAUAUCCUUCCUGCAUGUGUACCAUCAUUCUACGAUGCCUUUACUCUGGUGGAUUGGAGUCAAAUUCGUACCCGGAGGGGAAUCUUACCUGUCGGGGAGCAUCAACAGCUUCAUACAUAUCCUAAUGUACUCCUAUUACUUCCUGGCUGCCAUGGGACCACAAAUGCAGAAGUUUCUGUGGUGGAAGCGUUAUAUGACCGCUCUACAACUGUUACAAUUCUGGUGGAUCUUCGGUCACACUGUGUACUCCAUCUACUUGAGCUGUGGAUACCCCAAUGGCUACAACUGGGCUUUAGUGUGCUACGUGAUGUCACACAUCCUUCUCUUCACCAACUUCUACUACCAGACCUACACCAAGAAGGCACAAUCCCGCAAGGCCAAAGCUCGCAAGGAUGGGGCCCCCAACAGGGUCUCCAAAGGAACACAAAACGGAGUGUCUAAUGGAAAUAUGAAUGGUGAAUUGAAUGGGAAGAACUGAGGACCUUGUAUACUGUCAUUUGUUGAUGCACUGCAGGUUCAGUUACUUUGCGAAGUAUAUGUCUGUGCUUAGAAAUUGUCCCGAAUGAGGAGUAACAGACAUUUGUGUGAGAAAUACUGAGAAGAAUAUGUUAUGUAUGAGAUGGAAUUGUCCAAUAUGAGAAGUUAUCGUUAUGUAUGAGAUGGACUUGUCCAAUAUGAGAAGUAAUCGUUAUGUAUGAGAUGGACUUGUCCAAUAUGAGAAGUAAUCGUUAUGUAUGAGAUGGACUUUAGUUGAAUAUGAGAAGUUAUUGUCAGUUUGAGUUGGACUUGUCCAAUAUGUGAAGUAUUUGUUAUGCAUGAGAUGGACUUGAGAAGCAAUUGUUCUGUGUAAGAAGAACUUUUCCGGGAUGAGAAGUAAUGUAUGAAAAAUACAUUUCCAUGUGACUGGAUCACCAGAUCUGCUUCAGCUUGAUGAAUGUGAAAAAUUAUACCAAUUUAAAAGUAGCUAACUUUUACUGUGGGGACAUAUCAGAUUUCAAUUUGGUGGGAACUUUGAUAUCAGAUGAUUUUUUUUUAAUUCUGAUAAAGUCUGAAAAUAUUUAUCGCUAAUAAAGAUAUUUGGAAUCGGCCAAUCAGACAAUCAGAAUACUGUUGCAUUCAUCACAAUACAUGUAUACAGUAUAUAUAUUUUGUAUUUAAUUUCCUUAGUCAUUUACACAUCAAACAGUUCACUUUUCAUAAAAAAAAUUGGAAAUAUUCUGGUAAACCAUGAUGUGCCUAACCUUUGUACAAAUCACAGGGGUGCAUGGGUACCAAUUUCCAACCCCACAGUCCAUGGAUAUGCAUUAAAGUGUUGAAUUCUCUCUGAAAUUCCAAAUUACUUAGAAACAAAUAUUUUCUAAACUUUUUUAUCAGCUACUGAAAGCAUGUGCCUUGGAAAUACAAAUGUAAUAUUUUCUCUCUACUUAUACAAUUAUGUUUAUAACGCAUAGAAUGCAUGUUUUGUUUUGCCGUGAGUUUAUUUGUGACCAUUUUGGUUAAUUUCCAGUAAUGGAGAUAUAUUUCAGAAUAUUUAUUAAACUUUUAUAUUUCGUAUCAGUUGAAGACACAUUCCUGAUGAUUUUAGUCCCCUACCGGUAAAACUUAAUUAACUUUAGGUUUCCUUUUCAUCCGUCUUGUACAUAAUUCAAAAAUUUGUCAGCUCUCUAGUGACUUCAAUCCUUGAGGGAUUUUGGUAAAUAUCUUCACACAAUGAUAAAGGACCAUAAUAUCGUGGACAAGUUUGAGUUUAAGGGUUUUCGGAUCAAGGUCAAGGUCACUGUUACUAUAUUUAGCAGGGGCCGGUAGGGGACAUGUUUUCGCAAUACCCAGUAUACGUGUUGUAUUUAUCGUUAUCAAUAUAUUCAGUGGGUGCAAGUCAUACAAUGGCCAUAGGAUUUUAGGGUUUGUUUGGGUGAUCCUAAUUCUUUAUUUAGAAACAAGGAUUUUCCUGAACAUACUACAGCUAAUGAUAGUUAAGGACAAUAUGUUACUUUUUUGAUACUGAAAAAAUAGCGAGAACUUCAUCAACUUUCAUCAAUAACGUUAUCCUAAAUGUCAUCAUGAACCUAUCUUAGUAUUUAAACAUAGUGCUGAAUGUGAAAAUAAAUACAACAUUAUUUAACACAUAUCAAGCUAAUACAUCGAUCAAAUUUCAUCUGAUUCAUAUUCUAUGCCUUAUAUUAGAUACUCUUGUUUCUAGUCUAAAAUUACUAUCACGUAUAACUAGUUGAAAAAAGUGCAAUUUGUAUGAUAUUUAAGACAUUUCUUCACAAAACAAAUAUAUAUUUGUACCUAUCUACAUUUGUCUGUUUCAAAUGUUAA